AUGAAAUUUGACGUUGAUGAAAUGGUGAAGGUGCCAAUAUGGAUCCAGUUUCCCAAAUUGCCAUGGGAAUUUUGGUCUCCAACAAUGCUGGGGAGAAUGGCUAGCCUCAGUGGAAAACCGAUGUUCACUGAUCAAUGCACAAACGAUAUGUCCAGAUUGUCAUACGCUAGGGUGCUUGUAGAGAUGGAAGUGCUUAAGGAGUUUCCACACGAGGUGAUUCUGGAGGAUGAAUUUGGGGAGCAGUUUGUUCAGAGAGUAGUGUAUGAAUGGAGGCCCCCUGUGUGCUCAAAAUGUAGAAUUAUGGGACACACUGAUGCAGGAUCCAAGGUGAUCAGGAAAGAACAAAAGGAAUGGGUCCAGAAGAAAGCUGAUUCUGAUGUUUUUAUAGUGGAAAAGGUGGUGCGGAGUGUGAAUGAUAAGAGUAACAAGGCAGCUGUUAGUAGUGAUGUUGUGAGUAAGGAGAGUGCUGGUGAAUCGAGCAAAACAAAUGUGAGCCCUCAACCUGAAGCUUCUCCAAUAGGAGAUAAAGGGAAAGGUAAAACUAUUGUCACUCGGCAGCAGAUGAAUCAGAGCAAGGUGGAGAUAAUGCCUAGUGGGAGACUGGAAUUAUUGGAGACAAAAGGUUCAAGAGAGUCAAUAUUCCCCCAGAUAGGGGAAAAUGUUCUGGAAACAAGGGUGACAAGGAACAAUACUGGUAAAAUAUGGAAGAAGAUGGGUCUAAAAGGAUGGAAGUUGAUUAAUAAUAAUGAUGUUUAUGAGAUUGGGAGGAUUUGGGUGAUGUAUAAUGAAGAGAAAAUUAAAGUACUAAAGACAAUGAUUUGUGAACAGAUGAUUCAUUGUAUGAUUGAUAGAAAUGGGGAGAGGAUCUAUAGUACAUUUAUAUAUGGAGAAAAUGAUGGUAUGAAUAGGAGGAGACUGUGGGAGAAUAUCCAGAGUGUGGCUCAAAAAACUAUUCCUUGGGUGGUGUUAAGUGAUUUCAAUGUUAUUCUAAGGAAUGAUGAUAGGAUUGGGGGAAAUUUGGCUAAUGCUACUGAUUGUGAAGAGUUUCAGAAUUGUGUAGAUGACACCAAUUUGUUGGAGCUGAGAUGGAGUGGUCACCACUUUACCUGGACCAACAACCAACAGGGAGAGGAUAUGAUCUGGAGGAAAAUUGAUAGAGUUUUUGUCUCUGUUAGAUGGAUUCAUGUGAUUGAGUCUGAAGAAAAAGUCCUAAAUCCAGGUUUAUCUGACCAUUCUCCCUUAAUUGUGGUUUUUAUUGAACCUGUCUGCCAUAGCUUCAAACCUUUCAAUUUUUUUUAUAUGUGGACUGAGUGUGAUGAAUUCUUGGAGAUUGUUAGAAAGAAUGACAGUGGUCCAUGUGAGGGGUAUAAAAUGUACAGAGUGGUGAGUAAAUUGAAAAGGUUAAAAGCUGAUCUUAAGCUCCUCAAUAAGGUCAAAUUUAGUAAUAUUACUACUAAGGUUCAGAAUACUAAGAAAUUGCUUGAGGAUAUUCAAAGUAAUAUUCAGAAGGACCCUUUUAAUGUGAUUCUCAUGGAUGAAGAACAUGAUGUAUUUAAUCAUUAUAAAUGCUUGCUGAGAUGGGAGGAGAACUUCUACAAGCAGAAGUCUAGGUUUCAGAGGAUAGAGCCAGGAAAUCUUAAAACUAGCUUUUUCCAUAAGCCCCUUAGACAGAAAACGGCUAUUAAUAGAAUUAAUUAG